AUGGCACCAUGCGCUCGUUUGCAGGGCGAGUGCCCCUUCGCCGCAAGGCAGAAUCUGCGCAAUCUCGGUUAUUUCCCUGGUAGGCCUUUUGGAUCCUUCCAGUAUCGACUUCUUUACAAGACCCUUGACUGUGCCGCGCCACAGCUGAUGCGUGAGGGUCGAUGGGGGGCGACGAAAUAUACGCCGUGGUUCUAUAUGCAGCCUGGAAGGAGGCUGGUUGCGCAUCGAGGAGAAGGCCGCGGCUGGGGCGGCCAAGAAAAAGUACCAGCGCCGCCUGCAGGAGCAGUUGAUCAACUAGAGCUCGGCGAGAAGGCCAUUGAGGCCAACUUGAAGAAGAAGAAGAUCAAGCUGGCGUUCCGAGAGGGUGCUGUUUGCAUUGCUCGGCCCCGUCUCGUGGGUUUCGGUGCUCGCGGUCGUCAGGUAGUGGCUGCUGUGUCCCCAAUGUCGCCUGGGUGGAUAGCAACGGGCUGGGGCAGGGUCAAUUCUGCAAGUGCCUCGGACAAGGGGCCGGUUCCUGUGCCGGAGAACAUGGACGGAAGGUUAAACGAGCUGUCAAUCUGCGAGCCGGCCAUUGUCCUGGAGGCUGAGGAGUUGAGGGCGACUAUUCCCACUGUCCUGCCGGAAAGAGGAGUGCCGCGAGGUCUCGAGCCCUCCAUACCUGGUUGCAGCAUCUGGGACGCCUGGGUGGUUGCGGCGGUCCAAUCGAUCUCGGAGCCCAUCACCGCGGGGGCUGCGUGGCGCUCCUCUCCGCCCGGCCGUGCCGCAGGAGGCAGGCCGCUCAUCGGGAAUCGCUGGUUAGUCGAGACCCGGGGUCGCGCCGCAGAUGCCGCUCCCGGCCAGCUCGGCGGAAGGCCCGGAGAUCAGGGCAGAGUGCAGGAGGCAGGGGUGAGCCUUGGUAAUGGAUGA